CCUGAGUCCUUUGACAAGCUCCAGGCGUUGCUGGAGCCUCUGUGCUACCGCAAAUACGGGCUCCCCGGUAAAAACACGCAGUACACCUUCGACUACGGGCUGGCUGUGCUGUUGACCUACUAUGGUAAUGGCUGUGGCCAAUAUGGGGACGGUAUUGGAGGAGCUGCAAACCAGUUGGGGAUGUCAAGAACAGCAGCGCUUCGAUGCAUUCAGAACCUGGAGGAGCUUUUGUACGGUAUGAUGAAUGAUAUCAUCUACUUCCCGGCACCUACAGUGGAUGCAGAGUGGGAUGACAUGGUCGAUGGCUUUGCCGCACGUGGCGGAGAUUUUCCAGACGUGGCGUGUAUUUUUGACGUGUCGCUGCUGUUCUACACAAUCUGCUGGUGGAUAUCGGUCACAAAGAGGAAUUUGACUAUACACGGAACGAUGACGAGCGCGAACAGGCAAAAGUAG